AUGCACUUUAAUGUUAAUGAAGUACUUCAGUUGAUAACAAACAGCAAGUAUUUAUGAAGUGCAAAUUAACAUAAAUAACACAAUUUUUAACUCAAAAUACAUUUUAACAUGAAACGCUACCUCCGUCUGUCCCCGAAGAAGACCGAGAAGUAUUACAAUUACUUCUAAUAACUUCGCGUAGAGAUUGCAAAUUGCAAACUCCAUAACCAACUUACUUCGGGAAUUGCUACUUUCCGAAUGCAAAGAUGCGCUCAACACUGACGUCAGCACGCGUACGUCCCCCCGACCGGUCAUUAGCAACCAACGUAAGGCGUGAUGACGCAGACGCAGGGCGGUGAUGCCGGGUCAGGUUGGGGGUGGGGUUUUCCCACAGGUUUUAGGUUUAGUUUUCUCCUGUUCAGCCGUUCAGUGAGUUCACACACAAUUUCCGGACGGUAGGUGUUUGGGAAUGAUUUGCCUGAUCGGUAGAAGGAAUAUUCAGAAUAGGACUUCACACUGUUAAUAAGGACAUGGGACUCCCCUUGCCAGCUUCCAUCAGGUUCAGUACAAUUGGCAUCUUCAUCAGCAGCACUAAGGAGGAACCUUGGUUUGCUUUAUUUCCUCAUUACAGAAACAUUGGUGUCAAAAGUCGAAGGUUCUCCAGUUUUAGUAGAAUCAAGAGUGAACUUAUCCAAUGAGAAUGUCUGAUAUCAGUAUUGUGAAAGAAGAAGCUGAGGCGAUGAGGGGUAAAGAGAAUACCCUUAAGCAGACAUCAAUAACAGAAAACCUGGUAAAAUCAGAAAGCCAUGAAUCAAAGGCACUGGAAAAAGAUGAAAGCUGCAUAGAUAAGAGAAUUGACUCUCAGAGACAUAUACAAAGUCUUGGACAGGCGGGGAAAAGGUCUAAGUCAAAUGCAAAGUUAAAGCUAGUACGGAGUCUGGCUGUGUGUGACGAGUCCUCUCCUCCGCCCACAGCUGAUGUUCCACAGGAGAAUCAGGAUAAAAUUCAACUACAAUUAACACAGACAUUUGAUAAGGAAGAGCAACACACAAAAGAUGAAGCUGAAAAGGAAGAAUGCACAGACAAACCAGAUAAAAUGCAUAAAAAAAUGUUAUCAAGAGAUUCCAGCCAAGAAUAUACAGAUUCCACUGGAAUAGAUCUUCAUGAAUUUUUAGUAAAUACUUUGAAAAAUAAUCCCAGGGAUAGAAUGAUGUUGCUGAAGUUAGAACAAGAAAUUCUGGAUUUUAUCAGUAAUAACAAUAUUCAGUAUAGGAAGUUUCCUCCUAUGACCUCAUAUCACAGGAUGUUGUUACACAGGGUGGCUGCUUACUUUGGCUUGGAUCAUAAUGUUGACCAAACAGGAAAAGCUGUGAUUGUAAACAAAACUAGCAACACAAGAAUACCUGAUCAGAAGUUUUGUGAACAUAUAAAAGAUGAAACAGCUGAUGAUUUUCAAAAGAGGUAUAUUCUUAAACGAGAUAACUCGAGCAUUGACAAAGAUGAUAACCAAUAUUUCAAUCUCCUAAGAAGACGAUGUGUUGAAAAUUUCCAGAUACGUAUCAGAUUGCGGCAUGAUAGAAGAAGCAAAUCAAUAGAGGAGAGGGAAGAGGAGUAUCAGCGGGUCAGAGAUAGGAUAUUUUCUCAAGAUUUGUCAUUUCCCCAGGAUAACUACUUUACAGAUAAAAGAUCUCCUGAAGAAGAAGCUGUUAAUAGCACCCAACAAAGGCGACAGAUAUUUAGAGGAAAUAAAGAUGGCACAGGGAGAUCCUCCAAUAGCUGGCAGAGCAGUACUGAAAAUGAACAUAAGUGGUCAGAGCCACGCCCAUGGAGUAGUACAGAUUCGGAUAGCUCCAACCGCAACCUGAAACCUGCGAUGACGAAAGCUAGCAGCUUCAGUGGAAUAUCUGUAUUGGCAAGAGGUGAUAGCUCUGGUAGCAGCAAAAGUACAGGCAGGCUUUCAAAAACAGGUUCAGAGUCUUCUAGUAGUGUAGGGUCAUCCACGGGUUCCCUUUCUCGCACCCAUCAACCUCUUCCAGUCACAGCUAUGAGCCAGACUCAUGGUGUGCCAGCCGUCUAUUCAGCUGUCAACACUAGUAAUUCUCUUACCUUUGAUGGUGGCAUGAGUGGGCAAGUGAUUCCUACUAGCACUAGCUUCUUUUUGCUUCCCUUGGAAGCUGCAGGCAUACCACCUGGCAGUAUUCUCGUGAACCCUCAAACAGGUCAGCCAUUCAUGAAUCCAGAUGGUACAACAGUAGUAUAUAAUCCCCCAGCUGCCCAGCAGUCUGUGAGAAACCCUGUGGCUGCCCCAGCACAGCCACCACCACCAACUGUUCCACAGCAGCAGCAACUACCAAAUCAGAUCCUUUCUCAGCCAAUUCGGGCUCUGCAGUCUUCCUCACAGCCUCUCCAGUACUCUGCGGUCUCUUACCCACCUCAGCUCCUGCCAGUAUCACCUCCCCAGCAAUACACUGUGCAAGAAAGUCUUGGUGCUCAGUUUAGCCAGGUGAGCCUUGGCCGUCAACCAUCCACUGAAGUUCCAGAUGCCCAUACUGCCAUAUUCCCAUCAUCACUUGUACUUCAGCCACAGCAGCAGCCUGGUUUUAUUAUGGCAUCCCCAGGGCAGCCCCUUCCUUCUCCUGGCUAUUCUGCCUCUGGCCCCUCACUUAGCCAACAAGUGCUUCAACAACAGGGAUAUGUGCAGCAGCCGAUUCAGCAGCUGCCUAGUUGUUUCUGUGCUCCAGGUCAGUACCCCCAUUCCAAUCAGCAGUAUCGGCCUAUAGCCCCCGUCCAUUUUAACACUCAACAGAAUCAGCCCUUGUCUCAAACUACCCCGCAAGCAGGUUUUCAAUCAGUGAUGUCAAGUCAACAGCAAAGCUAUCAAGGAUUGGUUAGUGUUCAGGCUCAAACUCAAAAUGUUGUGAGUGGUCAACAUAGUGGUGUGAGCAAUCAGGUGCAAGGCAUGAUGGUCCAGUAUCCUUCAGUGCAGUCCUAUCAGAUAUCAUUGACUGCAGGCUCUCAAGGAAUGAGUCAGCAGCCCUAUCAACAGACAAUUUUAAUCCCAAAUCAGUCAAGUCAAGGGUCUUUACCUUCUGCAGGAAUGCCAGUCUAUUACAGUGUUAUCCCACCAAGUCAGCAGAAUAAUAUCAGUUCAUCAGCAGGUUACCUGCAGGCUCCAGGAGCAGACCAGAUACAGUUCCCUCGGCCAUCUUCCCCAUGUAGUUCUCAGCUACAAAGCCAGCAAUGUGCAGCUGUUGUGUCACCACAUGGCAGUGGGAUGCUUAUGAUGCAACUUAGCAUUCCCAACAAUCCUCAUCCACGGACUCAUUCUCCACCUCAGUGGAAACAAAGUAAAUAUCUCAGUAUGGACCAGAGAGGACAUAAGUCUGCAGAAUAUAACAGCCCAGAGAUUACCACACAGAACAGUCCACAGCUGAGUAGUCCUGCAGUAUCUCCAGCCCAGUCUCCAGCACCACCACCAAUGGCAACUUUAAAAAAUGUCCGUACUGGAUUAGGACCUCUCCCAAUAAUGGCACAGUUUCCACGAUCUAUAGUCCCUGGACAAGACGGCCGCUACCCUUUGCUGGGCCAGCCUUUGCAGUACAAUACCCCAAUCCGUCCUCUUAUCCAGGGACCACACAUCGUCUCAACACAGCAGGGUCAGAAUUUAAAUAGACAUGGUGGAAGAGGAAAGAAGCAGACCAGGAAAGCAGCAUCAACCGAUCUUGGUGCAGGAGAGCCAGUUGUCAGCAGAGUCUUGGAGGUGACUGACCUACCGGAGGGAAUUAGUCGUACAGAAGCUGAUAAGCUUUUAAACGAACUCUUUAAAGCUGGUGCUAAGAUUCGAUGGCUGCGAGAUUCUCAGCCACAUUGUGGUGGUGGUGAUAGUAAUGCAAAUACAGAACACUCAAAACCUUCCAGUGACUUAGCAUCCAUGUACACAAUCUUAGCAAUGUUUCCUUCAAAACUGGCUGCUCAGAAUGCGUUAUUGAAACAAAAUAACUCAAACAGAUUUAAACUGAGAUCAAGCAAGAAGCACUACGAUUUUCACAUUAUGGAAAGGGCUAGUUCUCAGUAGUUUACACUGCACUGGACUUGCAGUUUCUUCCACUUAUUUCCCUCUUCAAUUGGACAUGUAUAAUGGUUUCUGUUGACAUAUAGACUUCUGGAACGUGGUAUUUUACAAUAUAACAAUUGAAGAAAACCAGUGAUCCACCAAAAAAAAAGGUUGAGUUUCCUAAUUUAUGUUCACCAUUGUCACAACAAAGUAUCUGAGCAUAUCACAAAGCUGUGUCUUUAUAUGGAGAAUGCUGUAGAAUCUCAGUACAAAUUUUAUAGCCCUUUUGUUUUAUAUUUGUGAAUCUUGUAUCCAAUCCAGAGCUCCAUUGUACAGCAACUGUUACAUGAACACCGUCAGCCAAUAAUUACUUGCUUUAACAGUUUCUACCCGGCACAGCCAACAUAAUGUGAGCUUGCUUGAAAGAAGCAAAACAAUUUGGAGAAACCCAGGAAGUUUGUGGGAAUGAAGUAGUUGUUAUCUUUCUCAGCUGAUCACCAGCGACCUACAAAGAAGAACGUGUGAAAACAUUGCCUUUUGGAUGCAGACUGAAGAUUUUGCUGUUUGGCAUCCUGGAUCCAAUGAGUUUUAAUCUUAGUCUCCAGUACCCUAUUUUAGGUCAACUUUAUACUAAUUGGGCUCCAGUUUACUGUGUGGACAUUCCUCUUUUUGUUAUGAAGCUCCAGAUGCAAUUUUUGUGUUUUUUUUUUAAAUGCUGGACAUUUGUUAGAUGUUUGUGUUUUAAGUUCACCUAAUAUUAAGGAUCACUGGACAUCAACAGAAUUGUUGCUUUAUUGCCAAAACAAACCUUUCUUUUUUUUUUUUUUUGGUUGUGUAUAAAUCCUGCCAGGCUGUACAAUGUGUGCUGAUGCAAGUUUAUUUUCCCCUUUUUUCAGUUCAGAAAAAAAUAAAUGUUUAC